GUUUUUUCUCCGCGAUCAACAGAUAGCAUCAGAUCGUGGAAAGUAUUGUAUCGAACUCGCCUUUUUUUGUUGAUAUAUCGAAGCAGGGAGUUGUCCCGAGUCUCGUUGCAUUAAACAACUUGGCCCUACUUUAUUCCAAAUGCUCUUAGCAGAUCACCAGCAGCCAAUAUCGUGGGCGUAAAAGCGCUCUGUGUGUGACAUGGUUCACAUAUUAUCUUCUGGGUUGCUGGGCGACGGGGUUCGUCCAGAGAGGGCGAGCUUCAACACCACCAUGCAAGGCCUUUAUCGUUCCCUGUCCAGGGAAGGCAAGGGCGACAGAAAUGGUAAACAAGAAGCACAUCACCCCUACCAGCCAGGGGGGUCUGUAGUGAUUCUAGAUGUACGGCAGCGCUCGACAGUCUCUGCAGUGCUGCUCAGAGUCUCGGUCCUUCUCGUCUUCGCCGUCCAGCUGAGCAUCUGGGCUCUGAAGUUUGAUUCUCACGGCCAUGUGGAAUUGCCUGCAAUAGUCAGCACAGCCCGAGUCGACCUCAACUACACCUCAUACGAGGGCCUGCGACUGCCCAACGGCGUGAAUGCAUUCUUGGGCAUGCGCUAUGCCGCUCCGCCGGUUGGACAGCUCAGAUGGCGAGCGCCGGUGGAGCCCACGCGGACCAACACCGUGGAAUUAGCUACUCAGUUUCCCCCGUUAUGUCUGGGCAUUGCAGCGGGCUACCUAUCUCCUGGUCAGGAUGAAGACUGCCUCUAUGUCAAUGUCUGGGUCCCGUCCAACGCCACCACUAAGGCAAAGCUGCCGGUGUGGGUGUUUAUUCAGGGCGGCGGAUAUGUCGCCAACACCAAUGGCAAAUGGAACGGUGCCGAAGUGGUGGAAAAGUCCGGCCACAGUGUCAUCCUGGUCAACUUCAACUACAGAGUCGGUCUCUGGGGCUUCCUGGCCAGCGAGCAAGUCAGAGCUGACGGCGAUCUGAACGCUGGCUUGCUCGACCAGCGGAUUCUGCUCAAGUGGGUGGCGGCGCACAUCUCUUCGUUUGGCGGAGAUCCUGACCACGUUGUUAUUCACGGUGCCUCGGCCGGGGCUGGGUCCGUUGCCAUGCACCUGAUAGCCUAUGGCGGACGAAACGACAGCCUCUUUGUUGGUGGCAUGGCCGAGUCCCUGUUCUUUCCGGCCCAGCCGUUUGUGCGAGAGCUCGAGUACCAGUUUGACAGGGUGGUACGACAGACAGGUUGUAGUAAUAUAUCUGAGACACAGCAGAUGACAUGCCUUCGCAGCAAGACUGUCUCUGAGCUGCAGGCUGUCAACCUCGCCCAGCCGUUUCCCGGCCGCCGGGAACCCCCCAUGCCCCUUUUCUACUGGACCCCCUGCGUGGAUGGAACUCUCCUACAGGAUCUGCCGUACAGAUUGUUUAAACGAGGGCGGUUUGUCAACGUGCCAAUGCUAUUUGGUACGUCAACAGACGAGGGCUCAGUCUUUGCGGCAGACGCCGCCUCUGAAUCCGACGUCGCCAACUUCCUCGCCAACAACUACCCGCACCUGACUAGCAACGACACGGACGCCAUUCUCGCCCGGUAUCCCAAGCUGCGCCCCCUACCCGCCCACAAAGCCUGGUUCCCCACCGCCAGCCAAGCCUACGGCGAAGCAACCUUCAUCUGUCCGCAGACGAACAUCCUCAACCUGCUGCUACAGCCGCAGUCCCAGCUCCUCCGCCGUAAAAACCGACCCCUAUUCGCCUACCGUUACAACGUCCACGCCGACGAAAACCUGGUCGCGGGCCUGGGCGUGCCCCACCUCUUUGAUGCGGCUGCCAUCUUUGGGCCGGACAACAUCGGCGGCGGUGGCGGCGCACGGGAGAGCUACAAGUCGUACAAUGCGCCCGUCGUGCCCCUGGUCAUGGGCUACUACACCAGUUUUGCCCGCUCGCUAGAUCCCAACCGCUACCGCGCCCCCGGUAGCCCGGAGUGGCCGUCAGUCUGGGAAGGCGGAGGCGGAGGUGAAGGAGGAGGAGAGGGGGCGAUGCGACGGGUGGUGUUUGAGACGGGCGGCGAGGUGCAAGUGGAGAGUGUGCCGGCUGAGGAGAGGCAGCGGUGUCAGUUCUGGAUGGACGGGUUAGGAGAUAGGCUGGAACAGAGGUGAGGAUUGUGUUUAAUUGCCUGUUACUUAUUUAUUCUCACGAUUCCGCUCCGAUGUAAUGCCAUAGUGGUAUCACUGCCAUUCUAGUUGGCGGCUAUAAGCCAUGGACAGGAUUAUAAUGGCAGCAAGUGCUAAGACAUCCUGCCUAGGGCCGGGCAAGAGGGGCCCUACACCUUUGAAGUCGCCAUCUCCUGGUUACCUUCGUAAACAGGAUACGCGACCCUGAAUGCCACAUACGGCCAUAGGCAGUAGACAACUCGGG